UCACUUUUCAUAAUAUUUUAGUUCGAACUCGAAAUGUUCGACGAAUAGUAUUCUUUAUCGUCGAUCGUCGUUAUUAUUUAUUACCCGAAAUCGUUUAACGCCAACCAGCCACGAUAAAUCAUGUAGACUCCAAAACAUAACAAUAAAUAACCAUAUUAUUACAAUAUAUUAUAAUUAUAUAGUGCGCGUGGUGUGAACGCGCGCUAGACUGCGUACAACUUGUUGCUGGUUUUUUUUUUUUUUCACGUAUUCCGAUUAUAAGUCAUAACCGAAAGGUACGGUGUUAUAGAUUACAGACGCAUCGGAAACGAUGAAAAUGUUUGGAUUAAAGAGAAUCGUCGACGAGAAGGUCGACAAAACCGUCGAUAUGGCCUCAGACAUUGUUAACUGUUUGCUAGACACGUCGUAUAAAGGUGGAUUGUUCUCGAUGAUUAUUGUUACCAUCGUCUGGGUGUCUAUAUUUUUGUAUAUAGCUUUCUAUUAUGCGUACAUGCCGUCUCUAAUGUUCAGCCGCCCGGUUCACAUGCAAUUCAAAUCAUGUUAUAGCAACAAAGGUUUAUGUGAUUAUCCAUCAGCACAUGUGCAGUUAACCAAAAACCAUCAAAUGUUAAUGAUUGGUCAAAAAUACAAAAUGACUGUUUUUGUUGAGCUACCAGAAUCGCCAGUUAAUGAAGAUAUCGGAAUGUUUAUGCUUUGUGUCCGUUUGGGUGACAAAUAUGGUUAUCUUAUAUCGUCUUCCUGUCGAUCCAGUAGAUUAAGGUACAAAAGCAAACUGUAUCGUAUUAUUCAUACAUUGUUCAUGAUACCAUUUUACCUGACAGGAUUAUCCUCGGAAAAACAAUUAAUCCAGUUAGAAAUGUAUACAGAUUUUGAAGAAGACCAAUUACAUCCAGUUACAGACAUUUACUUUGAGAUGUUAAAUCAUGAUAUUCAAAUUUAUUCUGUCAAGUUAAAUAUUAUUGCUAACUUGGGCGGUUUACGUUACCUUAUGUUUCACUGGCCGAUAACGUCUGCUUGUCUAGGAAUUGGAUCAAAUCUCCUUUUUGUAUUUUUUGUGUUUUCAAUGUCAUGGCGGCAUAUAUAUGGAUCUGAAGUGUAUAAAAAUGAAUCAAAUGAUUUUUUGGAUCGCUCUGAACAUUUGAAUGAAUUUGACUCCGAGGACGAAUCUGAAGAAUCAGAUGAUUUGUGUAAAAAAGGUUUUCUCCCUUAUAAAUUUUCAUCUUCCCGCCUAAUGAUUCCUGAGCAAUAAUUAAUUGUCUUAUUUUUAAUUAAAAAUAUUUUGAUUUUCACAACUAGAUUAUGGUACAAUUUUAUAACUGAUAGGUUAGGAAAAUUCUUUUAUUGUACUUAUAAUACUUUUGUAAUCUUUGUUUUGGUUUUGAAACUGAUGGGUACUAGAAAAAUUAGAGUAUAGAGUAUAGACUAUUAAACUAUUUCUGUGGUGCUUUUAUUUAGUGUUUUAUGUUAUACCUAAGAUUAGAAUGUUUACUAUUUAAUAUUAUUCCUUUCUUUAUUUUGUUUUAAUUGGUUAUUUUUUAAUAGUUAUAUUUUUUUUAGAUUUAUACGCCAUUGUAGUUACCAAAUUGUUAAAAUACUUAUAUAAUUUAUAUUCUGAAUGGUUUAUUAUUUAAAUUGUUUUAUGUACCAAUAUAAAAAAAAUUGAGUACCAGUCACUUUAUCAUAAUUUUAAUUUAAAAAUGAAUGUAUUUUUUACAAUUUAUACCGUGCAACAUAAAACUUAUAUUAUAUGAAUUCAUAUUAUUUUUAAUUGUACGAAUAAAACAUUGAAUUAAUUUUUCAAAUGUUAUUCAUAAAUUAUUUUAUAUUAUUGUUAACCAAAUGCUCCAGUGCUCAUAAGUUCAUAUAUUUGCAUACCAACUUUACUGAGUCAUAUAUUUAAAGCUAUAUGAAAUUAAGAUAGGUAUCUUUUACAAAUUAUGUUUUACAAAAAAUACAGGUUUUUUAUUAAUUUUA